AUGGCAUUGAUCAUUGUAUCCGGCUUGGCGAGCUCGGGGCGCUCGACGCGUUCCGCACUCAUCAAGGAGGACCUCGAGCGACGCAUCAAGGAAGCAGCUUCCUCCGGCCCUUCUUCGUCGGCUCAAGGGCCGAACAGAGUAGUGGUUGUAUCGGAUCACGACAUUCAUGUCCCGCGUUCGGCGUAUUCUUCGCAGCGCGCCGAGAAGCCGGCACGAGCAUCUUACUUGUCUGCUGUAACGCGGGCACUGGGCCGAGAUACGAUUGUGAUUGCGGAUGGCGGCGCCGGGCUCAACAUCAAGGGGUUUCGGUAUCAGCUGUGGUGUGCGGCACGCGAGGUGGGGGUGCGUUGUCUCUCCGUCCACGUCCAUGCCCCUCCGCAGGUGUGCAAAUUCUGGAAUGGAAAGCGUAGGAAAGAAAUCGGACAAGAUGCCAGCUAUGACGACGAGACGCUCGACAGCCUGCUCAUGCGGUUCGAAGAGCCCAACGCCAUGACGAGAUGGGAUUCACCACUGCUCAUCGUGCCCACCACACUCUCCUCAGCUUCGGAACCACAGCCUGACGCUUCCGCUCCAUCAAUAGACGAGUCUCGAAUCAAUGUUGAACCGACUCCAUUCGACGAUAUUUGGGAUGCUGCUACGAAAGGCUCGGUGAACAAGGCCCCGGAAGUGGUGGCUCCUACUCGCUCCACCACUGCCAACUACCUCUCGGUACUCGAAUCGUCAACGCAGACCGUCGUCUCUUGCAUCGUGCAGCACCAGUCCUCUUUAGGCUUGCAACCAGGUACGGAAGUACCGAUCAGUCAUCCGAGCCUGACUGGACCCUCGCCGCUUGCCUUCACGCCACCAGCGGAAAAGCCGGUGACCAUGGCCUCGCUCCAGCGCAUCCGACGUUCCUUCGUCCGUAUGCACAGCUCCGGUUCCGCUCAGAUCAACGAACUCGGAAGCGCCGCACGGUCGGAAGGUGUCCAAUUCUCGCUCACAUCUCAGUUGUCACAUUCUGGUCCGAAGGCAGCAGCUCCAGCUAAGACAGCUCAAUCUUCCUCGACCGAAUACGCCAUCGCCAAGCGCUUCCUCGCUUUCCUCGAGGGUGCGCUUUGA